AUUCAUUUCUUUAAACAAAAUUAAAAAAAGCAAAAAUUCUGUGAUUAUUUUUUUUUUUGGAAAAAAAAUAAUAAUACAAUGUCUCAGAUUCAAUCAGGUAGGCAUGAACAGCACCCGCAGCUGUCACGUCAAGUGGCUAAAACCACUACGGCGGUGACGGUGGGUGGGUCGUUGAUGGUGUUAUCCGGGUUAACCCUGGCUGUAACUGUAAUUGGACUUGUAGUAGCAACGCCUUUGUUGGUUAUUUUUAGCCCGGUUCUUGUACCCGCUGCAAUUACCAUUUUCAUGAUUCUGGGUGGCUUGUUGGCUGCUACUGCAUUUGGGGCUACUGCUACUUUUGUUUUCUACUGGAUGUACAGGUACACUACUGGGAAGCAUCCAAUUGGGGCAGAUCAGCUAGAUUAUGCAAGAGAUAGGCUAGCCCAUGCAGCCCAUGAUAUUAAGGAGAAAGCUGAGCAAUUGGGACAUCAGGCACAGCAACAAGUUAAAACUACUAUUUGAAGCAUUAUCAAAGUUUGUUCAAUGAAGAAAAUGCUGUUUUAUGCAUGAAACUUGUACCUUUUUCUAUUUUUCUUAGUUUAUGUGUUUGGGAGUGUUGAAGUCCUGUGAUGUUGGUUUGGAUUUUGUGGCAGAGUUUAUGAAAUGUUGUAACUGCAUUUGUUGUAUUUGGCGUAAUGUAUGUUCAUAAUUAUUUACUUCUCUUUCAA